AUGGAACCAGAGGUUGUUGCGGCUGGAAUUGUGAAAAAGAGAACCUUCAAAAAGUUUUCUUUCAGAGGAGUCGAUCUCGAUGCGCUUCUCGACAUGUCCAUCGAAGAUCUUGUCAAACAUUUCAGUUCCCGUAUUCGCAGAAGGUUUUCUAGAGGAUUGACCAGAAAACCUAUGGCUUUGAUUAAGAAAUUGCGCAAAGCGAAAAUGGAGGCACCAGCUGGUGAGAAGCCAGCAUCAGUGAGAACACACUUGAGGAACAUGAUCAUUGUGCCUGAAAUGAUUGGAAGCAUCAUUGGUGUGUACAACGGAAAGACUUUUAACCAAGUCGAGAUCAAGCCGGAGAUGAUUGGACAUUACUUGGCUGAGUUCUCAAUCUCAUACAAACCGGUAAAGCACGGUAGGCCUGGUGUUGGUGCUACCAAUUCCUCCAGGUUUAUCCCUCUCAAGUGAAGAAGCUACUUAUCUCCAUAUCUAUCUUCUUAGAUGACUUUGAUCUCAUUUUUAAGUCUUAAUUUCGAUAAUUAUUUUGAUGACUUUCUGUUUAACUCCACCAGGAGGGUUUAGAUUUGAGUACUGUGU